ACACUUUAUGGUGAUAUGUCAAAUUCCAAACUAAACUUGUCUGGGACUCUGGGACAAAUUGUGUUAGUUAAUUUAAUAUAUCUUUUUCUUAUUUAUUUAUAGGUAGUGUUUUAUAGUGAAUGUAGUUUGUGUGUGAAAUUGUGUUUAGUGUGAAGUGCCAAUUUGAUGUCUCGUAUGCACUGGAAUUAUGGAUCAAGUUGCUCAAAAUAUAAACAAAGAUAUGAUUGAAGCUGAUCUCAUUGACUUGGACUCACUUGAUUUUUCUGAUGAUCAAACCUGGCUGUAUGUAGUACCUGGCGACAGCGGUCAAAGAGUGGAUAUUAAUGAAUGGAAGUUAUCUUGUCAUUGGCUCUAUGACAAGGAUCCCGAGUAUGAGAAAUUGAAAACAAAGUUUUUUUCACUGCUAGAUGCAUUACACAAACACGACGAUGUUGCGAUUCCAGAUAAACACAAAUUCGAUUCACGGACUUACGUCAAACCAAAGAAACGAGUUCAAAGGCCGAGUAUCCAGAGCGUGGUUGAGGUUGUCUCCAAUCCACCAUCUAUUAUACAGAACACACCACUUGGACAGUCCGUUAACAAAUAUCUAACAUACAACAAGUACAACAAUCCAUUGGGAGCAAUCAGUCCUAUGCUCAGGUUGAAGACAUUUAAUGUGGAUAUAAAUACAGAUAAUAGUAAUGCUGUUAAGGAAUACGCGAUGAAGAGAAGAAGUCUGGUCCCUGAUGAUGAUCCACAGCUUGAAGAUUUGGAUGUGGCACUAACAGCGGAGACAACAGAGCCAUCCGGCCCGAAUGCAUCUCGUCCAAUCAACAUAGAUCUAUCCCAGCCCGCCAAUAACUUACAAAACACGUUCAACAAGGGUUUGACAAAUAUAUUGAAUGAACGAGGUAGCCUUAACAUGUACCAAAGCGGGGAAUCACUAACGAGGAUGUCACCUCCCAGUCUCGUGUCAUCAUUACUUAUGGAGAGUUCAGGCACGUUCAACGCCGAAUCAUUAGAUAGCAGGAAAUCGAUUGCCUCUUAUAAAGAUGCAGGUUUACCAAUAACAUCAGGUCGAGAAAGUAUCGAUCCAAUGAUGACAAGUAUGUCACUCAGUAUAUUAGAUGACAAAGAUAUGAACACCAGUUUCUUCUCGCAAACAACCUUCCCUGAUAAUGAAAGUCUAAUAGAUUCCUUACCACCGAGUUUGGUUAGCUCAGUUAACUCCUCGUACGUUAUAAAUACGAAGCCAAAAACGGAAGCUACAGAUUCGAAUAUAUUCAGUUCAGCAACAUUCACUCAUCUAGAACAAUCUGAAAGGCUUCUAUCCGCCCGACCUAGAUGUCAACUGUACAAUAGUUACACUAAACGUGAAUCAGGCAUUAGAAACACGGAGAGUUACACAAAAUCACGAGAAGAAGCAUGCCAAAUAGAUCAAGUUAAUAAAAUACUCAAUGAAAAUUCAGAUAAUAAAGAUCCACCGAAAAUAACAAAAGCUAAUGAUAUGAGUGAAACAAUAACUUUACAUUUCGCAAAUAACAAAUAUAAAAAUAAAGACGCAGAGAAAGAAAAUCUGAACGAAACAUUCGAAACGGAUGAUGCAUUUUACAGAGAUAAUGGUUUACAGAAAGUAUCAGAAUUAGUUAAAAAUAGUAUGAACGUUACAUGUGACAAACAAGAGUUGAAUGAAAUCAAACAAGCACGUCAGAAACUAUCUCUUGCUAGAAGAGGAUUGCCGAUUGAACCUGAUAAGCCUUUACCAAAUCAAGUAGAUACUACAGCUGUGAAAAUACAAUUACCUAACCAAACGAUAACAGUGCCCCGACAGAGCGUUGAAAGUGUCUCUGAAUUAAUGAAAAGAAGAUCACAGAAUUUGAACAAUCAUUUAACAAGCGAGGAACCACCGAGAGAGACCCCGAAGAGGAAUGCAACGUUUAGAAAAGUGUCACCACGACAAAGCGCUACUGUAGUUUACGUGAAAUCAGAUGAAAACAAAAUAAUCGAUAUAAAUUCUGCUACAAUGAAUCUUAUUGGAGCCGGACAAAAUACGUUGCAACAAGAAGAGUGGGGGUCUCAGGAAACAGCAAUGGUGGGGUCCAGUGAGAGCACUGACACGGGCACCUUUAGCUCCUCCAGCCCACCGGAGAGUGUUCCUGACACCGCGAGACACCCGCAUUACACUUGCGAAGUGGCAUCCACACCAUUGGUUUCAAAGAAAGCAUCUAAAAAUGAAUUAUUACAAACAACAAUAUCGCCAAUAUACGCGGUGCAAGACAAAUCCUAUGUACUAGGUAAAGCACAUAGCGCGGAAAUGGAACAGACGUACGAUGUUAACACAACAGUCAUACUGAACAAUGGAAACGCGGCGAACAACACGCCCAAGAGAGAUUUAGGAAAUGUUAGUACGGAAAAGAUUACACCUCCCGGAACUGUGGUUAAACUAUCACCUAGUAGGAUUUCACCUACAAGUACAGGACCUUAUAGUUCAAUGGCACCACCCACAUGUGUACCGAAAAGAGCAAACCUACCGACAUCUAAAUUAAGACAAUACAGUUCACACAGAGAACUUAACAGAAUACCAGGAAGCAAUCCGAGCGGUCUGGUGACGCCGCGCACGUCGAUAGGGCGAGCGAUGGUGCGGCGCGGCGUGUACGCCUCCAACCCCGCGCUCAGCCCCACCUCCCCGCACCCCGCCCCGCACCUCACCCCGCACCCCUCACACCCUCACACCACCACCACCACCACCACCACCGCCACAGCACCACCCAUCAGAAGGGAGUCCUACACAGUAGCGGUUGAUCAGAAUCCACUGGAUGAGAAAGACAAACAGACACAAAAGCCAUCAGUGCCUGUAUUGGUGCGUCAGGGAACAGAGACACUACGCCGGGAACGACCACAGAGUCAACUGGUCGCACCAAAAGAUCAUCGUGCCUCUAUGAUGUCGUCCGGAGUACCGCAUCCAUUGAGGAGUUAUUAUAAUAUAUCUCAAGCCCCAACUUCGCGUCCUCACGUGACAUCUAGUGCUACUAUAACCCGCGUGUCCCGCCCCACUUCAGUACCAACGCAGCGGCCUGUUGCUGCUGUAGAUAGUCGUCCAUUCACAGCGGUUGAUUCGCGAGUGUCGGCGCUGCCACGACCUUCACGUCUGCCCGCGCCGCGCCGCACCAUCAGGUAGACUUUACAUUAUCCCAGGCCACCAUCAGUAUACUCAGUGGCGCCUACGGCCGAUAUCGACCACUACUGACCACUAACCCUCGUGCCAACAGGACCACUGUGGUCCAAACUAACUUUAUACCUACCUAAACUAAAUCUAGCGUUAUUAUAACAGACUGAACGAAACUCGGUGUCUUUUUUCAAAUUUUAUACAACAUUUGAUAGUUUUUUUUUAAUUUGGUUUUCCUGAAAAGUGAUUGGCAUUAGUGAUGUUGCCAGUAUUGUAGUUUAUCUACCUUUUGUUAUAAAAUUUAAAAAUUGUAAUUGACUAAAUCCUUAUAUUAUUUCAAUAAUGACAAUAAUAUAUGAAAAAAACACAUUUUUAGAUUUUUUAUUUUUACUUUUCACGUUUUGUAAUGCAUGAGAAAAAUCUCUUAUUCCAUAAUCAAAUAAAAAUUCCUACUAUUUUUUUUAGAAAUAUGAUUCGAAAGUCAAAAUUAUUUUUAAAAUAUCUAUUUUAGAAAAAAUCUACGAUAAAUAAUGAAAUUCUAUUAAUACUAUUUAAACCUCAAAAAUAAUGCCGCAGUCCUUUUUCCGAAACACGUGUGAAGUUAGCUUUUAAAAUAAUGUACGCAUUUCAUACUAAGAGAAUGAGACAGAUAUAUACAACAUUAACAGAUUGGAAAGAGAAGCAAGAUGUAUGUAGUUUCUCGCUUUAGUGUGAACUACUGCGCUGGUAUUUAUUGCUAACUUCAGACUAUAAAAUUAAUAUGACGAUUGCUAUUUUCCUUUAAAGUAUUUUUAUGUGUUUUGAUAAAUCUAUAAUUUUAUAGACAUUCAAAAUUUUUUUAAAAUGAAAAUUUUGUUCAUGUCUCUUUCAAGAGGUUUGAAAUAUACUUUUCGAUAUGAAAAGUCAAUAAUUUCGACUUCAAUUCUCUUUAUAUUCGCUCUCUACCUAUAUAUGGUAUCAGCAAUCAAAAACCCAGUUCUAGCUUGAAUCUAGGUACAAAGAUAUACAAAAUAUUCUUAACGUGCAUUUCCACUGCUGUAAAACACAUACGAGAACUCUCAGUUAUUUCAAGUAAUGAGACGAUAGAAAAGACAUUUACGAUAUGUUUUUAUUCAUGUGUUUUGACAGUGGAUUUCCACGGUUACAUUAUACAAAGUCUAGUGUAAAAUUGCUUUGAGGUUAUUAAUUUAUUUUGGAUUAAGACAUUUUUUGCAUUUUGAAUGGAGAUUUGUAAUAAUUAUAGUUAUUUCUAAUUUUAUUGUAUUAUUUAGAUAUUGUAUAUCAAAAACACUAAUAUUGUAAAAUACGCACAAUUCAUAUUAUCACAUAUAAAAAUAAUAAAAAUAUUUAAAGAGAUAUUUGUACAAAAAUCUCUCCGUGACAUAUUGACACCUUGAGUGUACAAAUUGUAUGUAUAUGUAUACUUUAACUGUUGUAUAUUAUGUAAAGUUUGAUAUUACAUUAUAUAUUUAAUAAAUAAAAUGUUUGUCUAAGAUUACGGUACUGUCGCAUACAAUAGCUUAAAGCUUUCUGAAUUUUUUUUAUAAAAAUUAAAUGGCUGAAUGACAUAAAGAUCAUUCAAUUAAAAAAAAAAACCUCAUAAUUAAAAUUCAUUCUCGAAAUAUAUAUGUUAGCGGAAUUAUACUAAUCUGACUAUUGUCUAUAUACAAAAUGAAUUGAUGACAAAAUGUUUAUAUAAGACAUUAUUUUGGCAAUAUUUAUACUGUUUACAUAAUAUUAAUAAAUAAAAAAAAAAUACAACAUGUUAACCUUUUCAUUCGUAAAACAUAUCAUUUUGCUCUUGCGUAAGAAUUUCAUUCCGUCAAAUUUGAGUGAUACACCGUGGACCCAAUAUUCUAAAUUGCAUAAAGUUAUAUGUUUUUGAAGCGACUGAUUUUUAUACAAAUUAUUGUAUAAAAAAUAUUAAUUUAGCUAAAAAUUUGUGUCGCUUUAUACAACUCGUCGUGUUCUACGUUUGAUUGGUCACGUCGUGCCUUAUUUAGAUAAUUUAAGGAGUUUUGUUUUUAAUUUCUAAUAAAAUUAUUAAACAUUAA